CCUAGGGGGAAUUUAAUAUUGGAUCUUUGGAGUUCAAGUCGGUUGGAACUUGGAAGCGAAGGCGUGAGAAGAAGGACAAUGGCUGGACAGCUGGGGCAUUCACAAUCAAGUCGGUUGGGGGAUAAUUUGCGCACGUCCUCUUCCUCGCUGGACGCGGAUUCCGAUGAGAUGGUCCACGCUAACCCGGAACGUUGGAUAGGGAUCGAUCUCGGUACGUCUUCUUGCUCGGUGGCUGUGUGUCGCAAUGGGAAAGUCGAGGUCAUACCGGACGUGUCCGGCAAACGCUCGACACCAUCUGUUGUCGCAUUCACGGACAAGAUGUGUUUGGUGGGCCAGCAAGCACAGAAGAAACAAGUGCUGAGGAAGCCGGAGGACGUACUCUACGAGGUGAAACGCCUUAUCGGACGGGAUCACUAUUUGGAUGACGAGGAAGAUGGUGACGACCGACCCGGCCUGAACGAGGCCCCCGGACAUGAAGGGGAGGAUGAUGUUGCAGGGCCUGGAAGGACCAAGCAAAGCCGGAGUGAAAAGAAGAGUCGCAAGGCAAUGCAGAAGUUGGGCAUGCAGCCUGUCCCGGGAGUUAUCACAGCCCAGUUUAAUGCUGCAGAGCAGUUUAAGGCUCCUGAUUUGGCACCCCAAAUGGAACAGAAGCUGUCCAAAGCUCCUUGGGGGGCAGAUGCAGAGGAAGAGGAGGUAGAUGACACCGACGUUGAUCCCAGGGAUGUUGACAUCGUCCAAACCCAGGUCGGUGUUUCUCGCGCGAAGGCUAUUCAGGCUCUGAAGAAUUCCGGUGGAGACAUUAUCAAUGCCAUCAUGGAGCUUAUAACAUGAUGAAUCUCAUAUAUUUUACUAACGUCUAGCCGAGAGC